GUGUGCUACUACAUAACGAGCAAAGCUGUACAUGGCUAUAGUUGGCUAUCAGAAUGUAAAAGGAAGUCAUUACACGUACUGACAUGUCUUAAAAGUUACCACUUUUACUUCUGCUGAGUUUAGUCUGUCAAUAAAUGACGCCUUAAAAGCUCCAACGUCAGCUAAGUUCACUCGUAAGACGGCGUUUGGAAGAACUACAUGUAGUUCACGAUGCGAAAGUGGGUGAUAAGUGUCCUUCGGUGAGCGCUAAGACAAGUAUGUUCGACUAAUACGCGUACUGCAGCUAGCAUGUUAGCUUAGCUAAGUUUUGGGUAACUUUAUUCCAGGCAACUUUAAGGGACCGUCGUCAAAGUUGCAGGCGCCUACAGAGAGAGAGUGCAGUGUGCGGUCAUUCCUUCACUGUGCCACUUUAAGUGAAACGGGGAGCCUUGAAACCUCCAUGUUUGUAUCUUGAAAAUUGCGAGCGGAGUCGAGCACCAUAUUGAAUCAAAGUUGCCAACUCCUUGACAAAUGUUUAGUAACUUUUGGACUUCAAAGUUGAGCGGGCAGCCGAGUGGUCGACGACAGCCGGAGAGUAAUGGACGCGCUGUAGGCGAAUUGUUGCGAUGUUUCCCGAGGCGCUUCGACUCCGAUUUUCUUCAUGUUAAGUUGUUUUAAUGCGGCGCCGAGUGAGCGAGCAGUGUCUAACUUUAAAGUGUAAGGUCAGCACUCUGGACCAGACCUGGAUGUGAUGGACAAUCCGUCCUCAGUGAUCACACAAGUCAGCCGGGAUGAAGAGGGCAACAAAGCCGCAGCAGAGAGGGGCUCUUCUCCCUCUCUGUCCUCUAAGAAGCCCAGGAGUGGAGGCCUCUUCUCCAGCCUCUUCUGCUGCCUGUGUCGGGACCAGCCCGAGCCCACGCCAGUCAACAACAACGCCCCUCUGCUGGUUGAAGAGAAUGGAACUGUUUCCAAGGUGAAGCCGCUGCUGCCUCCAGUGAAGUCAAAAGACUCUGGGAAGAUCUGUGUGGUCAUAGACCUGGACGAGACGCUAGUCCACAGCUCUUUUAAGCCUGUGAACAAUGCCGAUUUCAUCAUUCCAGUGGAAAUUGAUGGAACAGUACACCAGGUGUACGUUCUGAAGCGGCCCCACGUCGACGAGUUCCUGAAGAGGAUGGGAGAACUGUUCGAGUGCGUCCUGUUCACCGCCAGCUUAGCCAAGUACGCAGACCCUGUAUCUGACCUCCUGGACAAAUGGGGCGCCUUCCGCUGUCGCCUCUUCCGGGAAUCGUGCGUCUUCCACAGGGGAAAUUACGUGAAGGACCUGAGCCGCCUGGGUCGCGACCUGAACAAGGUCAUCAUCGUGGACAACUCCCCGGCCUCCUACAUCUUCCACCCCGACAAUGCAGUGCCCGUGGCCUCGUGGUUCGACGACAUGUCCGACACCGAGCUGCUCGACCUGAUCCCGUUCUUCGAGAGGCUGAGCAAAGUGGACGACGUCUACACGGUCCUCAAGCACCAAGACACGGCGAGCUAACGGCGCUUCCGCCUCCCAUCGGCCUCCGCUCGGAACCCAGUGUCACUGCCAACCACAACUCGGCUCCACCACCUCCUCCAUGUUAAAACAACAAAAACAACAAAAAACAGAUUCUGUCUGGGAGUCUUUGGCUGCCACCUGCUGGCCAGACAGAAUAAUGACCACUUAACAACAACAACAAACCCCCCCCUCCCCACAUGAAGCAGCUUAUGUGCGUGAAUGGAUGAAUGAAUGUUUAAGGACAUGUGUCACUGGACUUCAUAAAGUUCAACUUUUGAACAAAAAAAACAACAACA